AUGGCUUCUUCUCCAUUAGCCGAAUUCCAAAAUGGGGGCCCUUUAACACCACCACCGUCAUCAGGAUCUGACGCUCACGAACCUCAAUCAAAUCCAUUAUCUGACUCCGCCCCUCCAGUCACUCACAAUGAAGAGCCGCCACCUCAACAACUACAGCUUGCGGUGACUACAGAACCAACAGCGACGGCGAUGACGGCGGUGGCGAAGUGGCCCGGGUGGCCAGGAAACAACGUGUUUCGGCUUAUAGUGCCGGUUCUCAAGGUGGGUAGUAUUAUUGGCCGCAAAGGAGAGCUGGUUAAGAAGAUGUGUGAGGAGACUCAUGCUCGCAUUCGCAUUCUCGAAGGACCCCUUGGCACCGCUGACCGUAUU